UCAGAGAAUGAACCCUGGAACCAGUCCUACAGGCUCUAGUAGCUCCUCCUGCAAACCGAAGCCCUCACUAUGCGUCUGUGUCCCCCUCUCCAGCGGAGACAUCUGACCCCUCCCCUGUGAACUGUUAAGACUGCUGAGCCUUACCGCCUUCUCUGCUGCCCUGCUCUGGCGGACAGGCACAAUGACCACAUUCUUUCUCUUCCAGCUUCAUGUUACAACAUGGAAGCCAUCGCCAAGUUUGAUUUCACCGCCUCCGGUGAGGACGAGCUGAGCUUUCACACUGGAGAUGUUCUGAAGAUCUUAAGUAACCAAGAGGAAUGGUUCAAAGCGGAGCUUGGAAGCCAAGAAGGAUAUGUGCCCAAGAAUUUUAUAGAUAUCCAAUUUCCUGAAUGGUUUCAUGAAGGCCUCUCGCGACACCAGGCAGAGAACUUACUCAUGGGCAAGGAGGUUGGUUUCUUCAUCAUUCGAGCCAGCCAGAGCUCCCCAGGAGAUUUCUCCAUCUCUGUCAGGCACGAGGAUGACGUUCAGCACUUCAAGGUCAUGCGAGACAGCAAGGGUAAUUACUUCCUAUGGACAGAGAAGUUUCCAUCCCUAAAUAAGCUGGUGGACUACUACAGGACAACGUCCAUCUCCAAGCAGAAACUGAUCUUCCUGAGGGAUAGAAGCCAAGAGGAUCAGGGUCGCCGGGGCAACAGCCUGGACCGGCGGCCCCAGGGAGGCCCACACCUCAGUGGAGCUGUGGGAGAAGAGAUCCGGCCCUCAAUGAACCGCAAGCUGUCCGAUCACCCGCCUCCCAUGCCCCCACAGUACCAUCAGCAUCAGCAGCCUGCUCCACAGUAUUCCGCGGCAACGCAGCCACCACCACAGCAGCGGUACCUGCAGCAUCACCAUUUUCAUCAGGAACGCCGUGGAGGCAGCCUUGACAUAAAUGACGGGCACUGUGGCUUGGGUGUGGGCAGUGAAAUGAAUGCCGCCCUCAUGCACCGGAGACAUACAGACCCAGUACAACUUCAAGUGGCAGGGCGCGUGCGGUGGGCCCGGGCACUGUAUGACUUCGAGGCCCAGGAGGAUGAUGAGCUGGGAUUCCGCAUUGGAGAAGUGGUUGAGGUCCUGGAUAGCUCCAACCCAUCCUGGUGGACUGGCCGUCUGCACAACAAACUAGGCCUCUUCCCUGCCAACUACGUUGCACCCAUGAUACGAUGAGGCCUUUCUUGAAGGGUCAGAGGCUUUUCAUCUGAAGCGCUGGCAAAAGAAAGGGCAAGGAGAAAAGUUGAACUGUAUACAUUUGUCUAUGCAUACACACAAUAUUUUCUGAUAGUAAUUUAUUGGCAAUUUGGUUUGAUUAAUUAGCUGAUAUGAAAGGGACUCAAUGGAAAAUUAUAUUCAUACUUAUAUUUCUACUCCCAUCGGUGGGUGUGCAGAAGGCAGUGGGGGGGUUGGGAAGGACGGGGGCAGGGAAACAAACCAGAAAUUCUCCCCGUCCUUAAGAUCUCACCCCUUCCUCCUUGUCUUGUGCCUUUUCGCUGAGAGAUCCACAACCCGGCAUUGGAUGCAGAACCACAGGGUGGGGUUGGACUUGGCUGGGCACGUUUUAGCUUACCUGCAAGCCCCAGUCACCUUGAGGUUUUCAGAUCAGCUUUCCUCCUCUCCUCUAUGGGUGGGCACGGCAGGGUUGAGAAUGACAGUGCAACAGGCAGUCAAGCAAGUCUAAGCUUGGGAUUGGGGAGGGGUGUGAAGGCACCGCAGGAGAAGCUGUUGUCCCGAGGCCUGUGGUGGAGGCCCUGCCUGGGCAACACUGCCUCUGGCCUCCUAUUCACUGCCUGGCAGAGACUUUCAUCUGCCUCAACAGAAUGUUCCUUGGAGAAUCCUCACGUCUUCCUUACGGCUGACAUAAGAGAGCUUCUCCAACAUGGAGAAACUGAGACAUCGCGAGGAACCAACCUCUGAGAAAUUGAGGUAGUGUUCACGAACCCUCGAGUGACUUACCUGGAUGUAACCCCUGUUUCCCCAGCUCUGAAGAAUGCAGCAUCCGGAUUCUAGAAUGGGCUUAGAGGAACCCUGGCCAAGAAUGCUGAAUUUUGGAGGCAUCAUUGUAUGGUUACAAGAGAGUCUCUUCAGGACUAUUUUCCCUCUUGAUUUUCUGUGUUUGAAGACGCCUUGCCUGGUAGCACAGAAAGAAGCCCAUUUCACAAGAACAGUUACUGGCAAUUGAUUGAUUGAUCACAGUGACUCCGGGUAGAAGCUGGCUUUGAAAUGAGCGUCCUGUUUGAUCUGGCUGUCGGACCCCUGCUGGAAUCCUUCCCCAAGAGAGAACUCCAUUGUUAUGGUCUCUCCUGUCUCCUCAAACUAGAAUCGUCUUCCUAGCCUCACUCCAGGGCAUGAAGCACAGACUUGUGCUGGCUAGGGGACAAGAGACACAAGAGAAGGAAGCCCAGUAUGU